UGUGAUCGGCCUGGCCCAGCAGUUACGUGACUUCUGCGUUUAUGAGCUCUCGAACCCCACACAGGAGAGCUUUCAGCGAACCAAGUUUAUGUUCUGCUCCGUUGUCAUCCUGCACAUUGGCUUGAGGAAUAGUUUUCCUCUAGACGCUCCAACAUACGACGCACUCCUUAUGAGUCUGACAGUCACUCCGUCGGGAUCGCAGCCAAGUUGCGAUCAGCUCACCCAGAGUUAUAUUCAAGAGAAGCACUUGCUGUUUCGUCAAAUGCUCGCUUGCGAUCAGGUCGCGUUGCCCAACAACCGAAUUUGGAAAGCUCUGUUGCAGUACAAUGUGGUGGGAACUGCCUCGCAAGUCCUUCGGCCAGAGCUUGAUUUACUAGUCGGCGUUCUGAUAGAGCACCGCAUUCUCUGCUAUGUCCACUGUCUGUCGGUAAUCCAGCUGCGCUUCGGCAACGAAGCCAAUGUCAAUAAACGGAUGGCCGCUACGCUGAAUGCCCAUCUGCGGCUUAUUGAGGGCCAUGCCUCCGCCGUAGACGCUUGGCUUCUGCGUUGGACUGUUUUCAAUGGUUCGCUGAAUCUCUUGAUUAAAAAAAUGGGCACUGUAAGAUUGGAGGCAGCCAAUGUCCAAGGGAAUCGCUUGCUGCCGCUGCAGCAUCUGCAACUGAUUGUGGCCAAUAUGCGUCUGAAAGAAGCGCAUUUCCAGAAAAUCGCUCGCUCGAUUUGCAGCUUAAAAGAAGCGGCAGCUGGGCCCAAGGAGAGAGCAGAAAUCGACAGUUUCAUAAAUCAGAUCAGUGCGUUCAAAUAUCGCUGCGAGGAUGAGCACGCGGAGGCAUCAAUUAGUGCAGAUUUUGAGGGAAAACUGAUGUCAGUGCCGCCUGGUCCCAUGACCUUAUGGCAAUGCAAGGCCAUGGAUGAUUUUGAUCUCUUAAACGCUUCUGAAUAGUAUCCAUACAAAGAAAUAAGAUUAUGAGACUGAAAAUGGAUCCAACUACCACAGAUUCCACUGACGCAUCGGGCAUGUUGCUCACAGAGCAGGAGCAGGACCUGUCGACUGAACGUGCGGAGGAGCGACUGGAGAGAAGAUCUCUAGUUCUAUGGCGCCAGCCCUUGCAGACUUUGAAGUAUGGAACCAUGGAGGCCGUAGAACUGCUUCUCUCCUUCGCUAACCGGCUGCUGAACAAAUGGCUGCUGGGCAGUCUGCUGGCUCUGGGUAUAGUCUGCAUACUGCCGGGACCACAUGAGAGUUUCGUGAGCCUCGGCCUCCAGAAUUUGGGAUUCGCCUUGUACUGGCUGCUGCUGGGCGUACUUUCGUCAGUGGGCUUUGGCACGGGACUGCACACGUUCCUGCUAUACUUGGGGCCACACAUUGCCGCCGUAACAUUGGCGGCCUACGAGUGCCAGACGCUGAAGUUCCCAGAGCCGCCGUACCCGGACGAAAAGGUCUGCCCCAAAGAGCCGUAUACGCGAGAGGUUCCAGAUAUUUGGAGCAUUUUGUCAAAGGUUCGACCGGAGGCCUUGCUGUGGGGCAUUGGCACGGCCAUAGGCGAGCUGCCACCAUACUUUAUGGCCCGGAGUGCCCGCCUAUCCAGCAAUGAGUUGGACGGUGCGGAGGUGGAGCAGCCUCAGGAGCUGGAAUUGCAAAAGACUAAACGGCAUAGGAAUACGAGUAUGGAACAUUUCAAUGUUUUGGACGGUGCAAAACUGUGCAUGGAGCGCAUGGUUCGUCGUGUGGGCUUCCUGGGCAUCCUUCUCUGUGCCAGCGUGCCCAAUCCCCUGUUCGAUCUGGCUGGCAUAACAUGCGGCCACUUUCUGGUGCCCUUCUGGAAGUUCUUUGUUGCCACUAUGAUCGGCAAGGUGCUCAUAAAGGCAACCAUUCAGCAAGUAUGCGUUAUAGUAUCAUUCAGCGACCAUCUAGUCAAUGGUCUGGCCAACGGCUUGGGCAGGCUGCCCUGGCUUGGCACCCACCUACAGACGCUCUUCAAAGACUUCUUGAUGUCCACAAAGCAGCAUAUGCACAGAAAAAGCAACGGGCAGGGCGAGGGCCAUGACUCCUCCGCCACCAGCCCCAGCCUUAGCUUCGUGAUGCAUGCCUUUGAGCUCUGUGCCGUUGUCAUGGUCGCCUACUUUGUCGUUGCCACGCUCAAUGCACUCGCACAAAUCCAUCUCAAGCGGCGGCAGGAGAAGCAGCGCCACAUGCGAAACAUUGAACUCAUUUUGUACUCUGACCAAGAGGAGGGAGCAUCUCACAAAACCCUCGUCUAGAAGAUUAACUUUUCGAGCUGCCGAGCAUAACCGAUUUUGAUUAUCUAUGUAAUAAAAUAAUAUAAAUAAAAUUAAA